AUGCUGGGCCGACUAUUAAACACCGCAGCUUCAACCCUAAACCCGGCAGCAUAUUCUGUCAAGCAUACCCAACCACUCGAGUCCGUUACCGAGGAGGAGCAUACUUCCGGUCUUUUAUUCCCCGAUGCGAGUCUUCUUCGACGUUCCAAUAUCCAUACCUUCCCGCUCCAGUCUGCUUUCAAUUCCCCCAAUGCUUCCGCAGCUGGUGCCUAUGAUGAUCGGGGCGGCGUCGAGUUGGACCCUGUGAAGGAUUUUCGGGUGAUAAUCGCGCAAAACUCGCUCGGGGAUAGAGAACCUUGUGUGCUACUCGACACUCGAGCCGACCUAUCGGAACCGACCUCUCCCUCCCCUGGGCUCGGACUGGAACCCCAGUUUCUUGAGCACUCCGGCUCUCGACAUGUUCGUACCGGCUCAACCCUCUCCCGUGGACGCCGGGCUUAUCUGGCCCAUUCGUCUAUGGCAGAGCAAAGUCCGCUCACUAUCGCAGCUGAGACACGACGGACCUCGCCUGUAACUGCCGGUGCCUUUUCCCGGGCUCGCGGCCGAAGCUCGACAAUGGCUUUGGUAGGGGGACUCCAGGACCCCGGCCAGUCACGUCAUUCAGCAGAUAUGAACGAUGCCGGUUUAUUGAAUUGCAUAUUUGGUAGUAGCGCGUUUAGCUAUAGGGGCUCCUCCACAAAGAUGCAUAUUAUCUCUGCCGAUGAGGAAUCGGGUGUCACGGGAAACACAUCGCCCGCUGUGCGGAAUUCCUUCACACGAUCGUACACGACUGGAAGCUCCGCCGCAUUCGCUAGUGCACAGCGUGGGACCGAUCCCAAACCUCGGUCGAAAGUCACCAUUCUUUUAACAAGGAUGUUCAGCGUUAAUUUACCAGAACCGGGCGAAACUUCUCCGAACCGACAUGAGCAGCAGCUUCCAUCAUCUGCGUACCAAGAAUCUCUUCCCGAAUCAGGAUUUCCCUUUCCUGAUGUAAGCAAGCGCAAGAAGAUCAAGGAGAAGAAAACGCCAAUGUAUGCGGUAGCUAUCACGAUCCAGAUCCCUGUCUUGUCUCGUCAAGCUGGGCGACCGGUUUCCCGGUUCAGUGCUCAAGGGCAGGACUCUCCUAAGCCAGGGACAGCUUGCUCCUUGGACUCGGACUACCGUUGGCGUGGCGGCAUUUUUGAUGAUAGUCUUUUUCUUGCGUCUGCCCCUGCUAGCUUAGACGAGCGCAUUGACUUGUUGGUGGACCACUGGGACAUCAUCAACCGAACCCUCUCCCACCUUGAGAGACUGUCCCGGAACGAGAUCCUGUAUUUGUUAAGGAAAGUGGACUCGACGGGAAUCCACCCAAAACCCGCUAAGCCGCCAAAUAUGCAACGCACGAACCAAACGUUUCUCCACCUCCCUGCCAACAUCCUGGCGGUGAACUCCAAGCUGAAGGAUGAAGCUUUCAGAAGUGCACGUCGGAUCGGUACCGCCUUGCAAACCCCUUAUGUGGUAACGGGACAGAGUCGCUGGGGCGUUUGGCGUGAAGAGGGUCGCUCGAUAGCACGCAACCUUGGAGACAAGGAGCACAGCUUUUUCUUCCUCGUUCUGAUCACGGCAUUCCUUGGAAACCACACAGAAUGGCUGAACGCAUUGGGUCCAGACUGGUACCGACGACGGCACUAUCUCCAACAGAAAGCACAGCAAGACUCGGAGCCGAGCCUGUCAAACCGAACGGUGAUCGUGUCUCCUGACAAGAUGACUGCCCGCCGGCUCAUCUUCCUUCUGUCCGCGUUUCUUCCAGCUAAGCAGCGUUUUGACCCACUUCCGUCACCACUUCGACCAGACACCUCUGCCUCAGCGCGUGCAAUCUCUCAGAGCCCACCUAACGUUCCCGUUUUGCGACAGGAACCCCUUCGCAAGGCUAUAGAACGGCGAUCUCGUGCUCAGCGCUUGAAUCUCGCCGACCGAGAUCAGCACCGCCGAUCAAUCAGCGCUUCGUCCAACGAGACUGCCCAUCGAUCAACAGAUGACGUUGACCCCUUGGGCCAACUGGAUUUCACUAUCCACCGUCGUGGCUCAGACACUCGCUCCACCAGAACCCUGGGCAUUCCAAUGAAUGCGAGGGAUGCACGAAAUAAGAACAUUAGCGCUGCGACUACUUCAACCGCGACUCCCGGUGGCGCCAUUCCAGUCCCGCAUUUUGCCUCACAAAACCGACCCGAAAGGGAAGGUUCGGACUCAAAUACUGGAGAUGGCAUAGAUAGCUUGGCAUCGGAGAAUCUGUUAAAGAACCUGCAAAGGAGCGAAAGCUCGACCCUCAGCAUCAAUAGCAGUGUUCCUUCUGGCGGUGGCGGCCGCUGGGGUAACCUCUUCUUUACCGGCCUGUGGAGUUCUCGGCAGGAAUCCUCCACCGACGAUAGCAGUAAUAGCCCGGUACCGGAGCCUCGCCAACGCUCGGCGUCUGUGUAUGCUGUCCCACAGAAAAGAACCCCCCCGACUCUCACCCAGAUGGUUAAAGAGACUUCGGGAGGAGCGCCUUCGGAGAUUGCUACCAGCGCUACUAUCUCCAUCCCUCAGCCGUCAAACUCUCAACGAACCUUUGAAGCAGAUACUCAAGACGACCUGUCGUCCACAACUGACCAGGCCAAAGACUUGUCGCUCAAACUGUCUGUUCGAGGAGAAGAUGGAAUUGUAGAUGUGGACCUUCCUUUGCCCGGGUUCGUUUCUCUUUCUUCGUCUGGCGAGUCUACCACGGCGUCACCAAAGAAGACACGAACAUCGGUGACUAGUCUUGAUGCUUUGGCAUCAACCCACAGCAGCGGCUCGGGCCUUCAUUAUCAUUCCAAGGAUAAUGAUGGCCCCAACAUCAAUGUUGCUGGCUGGCUGAAGAACUUUCAUGAUGACUUUUUGCUUCAAGCAGUCCGUCCUUACUCGAACUUGGAGGCCGAUAUCAAGCGUGCGAUGCAAGCCGAACCUACUCCAAGUAGCGCUUUGUCUUUAGACCCAGAUGGGUUAGACAGGUGGGUUGAUGUUGCCACAACCCUGAUUGCAGAUGUUCGGACCUUCUCAGUCAAGCGGUUACGCCUGAGGCGCAGAGUUGUCGGGGCCAGUGCUCUGCGAACUCCAGUGUCACCAUCCAACCCAUCUGAUCCCGGGACUCCACGCCAUGUAUCGGGAGGUUCCAUGUCUACUUCGCAGUUCAGUGGUUACUUCUCAUACGCGAUGAGUUCUACAAAAGCAACCCCACCUAACUAUCGUUUGGACGGGGUUGACCUCGCCGAGGUGGAGGAACGCUUCGUAGAGGAGCCUGUUAUGGAUUUGGACGGUACCCUUGUCGAUGCUCUCGAGCGUGUUCUGGCGCAGAGUGGGCCUUCAUCGUUGGUGCACUCUCGGGCUCCCUCACCCUCGCGAGUUCGCAAGGACAAUGAUAAAAACACUUCUGAAAAUGAGGUCACUCGUGAAGAUAUCCCUUCCCUCGAAGUUCCCCGCUCCGAAUGCCGCAAGUUAGUGCUAGGCGCACUUGAAGAAGUUGUCCGCAGUGUUACCGCUGAACAUUGUCGUGAAGAUGUUGAAGGGGAGCUUGGUCUCACUGAUAGGGAGCGUAAACGUCUCCUGACUGGAGCUGAUAACACUUUGAGAGAAGGUGUUCGCAAAUGGCUUCUUGACAUCGAAGAGGCUUGGUAG